AGGACAGUGAUGACACUAAGAAAAGGGUUUGUUUUCAUUACUUUCUUAGCAAGGCUCUAGUUGCAUAUGGGUUCUUUCUUGUUCCUCAAAAUGGUAAGUACUGGGGUGUUUUCACACCAGCCAAUUUAUUGCUGUACCACUUCCAGUAUAUCACACACUAGGGAAGCAAUUGGGAGCUGUUUAGAUACCUUACUAUCAGAGAAAUGUGAGAAAUUUAUGUUGCAGCUUAGGCUCCAUUUCCAGGAUUGGAAACAGAGCAUUGUGCUAUGAUAACUGAUAAAGGUUACACAUUUCAGAGAGGAUCUAAAAGACAAAGCCAUGAAACUUGGCAAGAAGACUCGGAGCAAGGAGAAGUUCCCCAGAUUUUUCAAAAUCUAUCUCCAGGAGCAUAGCUGCGAAAGAAUGCAAAUACCGAGCGCUUUCGUUGCGCGCAUAGACAGAAAUUUCCCAGAAAACGUGAUCCUCAGAAGUUCCCGUGGGAGAAUUUGGCUUGUGAAGGUGAUCAAAGUGGAGAAUGAUGUGUUUUUCGAGAAGGGUUGGAAGGAAUUUGUCAAGGAUAAUUCCAUUGAGCAUAAAGAUUUUUUAGAAUUUAAAUACAAUGGAGGUAGUAUGUUUGAUUUCACAUUAUUUGGGAAUUCUCAAUGUGAGAAGAAAGAGGAGGAAGUGGAGGAGGAGGAGGAAGAAGAUUGUGACCAUGAUUAUGACUAUGAUGGAGAAGAAGAAGAAGAAGAGGAUGAUAAAGAAGACGAAGACGAAGAAGAAACAAAAUUUUCCAGAAAGAAAAGAGGCCAGGAAAGGAUUGGUGCAUUUAAAGCCCGAGUCGGGGUAGUCGGAAGAACAAAGCAAACCACUUCAUCUUCUCCAUCUACGCCUGUUUCGGUGAACUUAGUCGACAAUAGUACUCCUUCUGGCACAUUCAUUGAUCUUGACAGGCCAAUGGAAAAGAAAGCAGAGCAUGUGAAACAAAAGAAAAGAAAAGGGAAGGUCCAAGAUGACAGUCCUUAUGAUUCUAUUUUUGAUUGUAAGGUUGAAAAGCUCAAGAUGCAUGCGCGAAAAAUGAAGAUAGAGGAAGAAAAGUUGAUGAUUGCUAAACAGGAACUGCAAAAUCGUAGGGAAGUUGAAGAAAAGAGGAUUAUGCUCGAAGAAAGGCAAGAAGAGAUGAAGAUUAUGAUGAUGGAUGGGAGUAGUUUAAGUGAAGAACAAAAGGAAUAUAUUCAGAUGCUUCGAGCUGAGAUUAUUGCUAAAAAGAGGAAUAUGUAAUGUAUAUUUUAUUCAUCUAAUAUAUGAACUUAUGUUUGUAUACCAUUUAAUCAUA